AUGUUGUAUCAUUUGGGUACUCGCGAUAUGUUGACAUUAGAUGAAGUCGACAUUGAUAUCGGUGUACCAAAACAACGUUCAUUUCAAUUUUUAGAUUUAAACGCAUGUUUGCAGUACGUCAAUCAAAUGCAUUUUAUGGAUGGCGAAGGCAUUGUAGCAUGUGAUGUACGAACUCAUGAUCGUAUUAAAAUUAAAAGUCGUUCGUAUUUAACAGUUCACUAUCGAACGCUUGGAGUAGAAAAUGAACAUAAACAAGAACAAUUCUGCUUAAAGAUUUGGCUACAAGGUGAAAAACAAGAAUACUUAAAUUAUUUUCCACAAUAUGUUAAAGAUUAUGAUCAGAUUGAAAAACAAAUCGAGGAAUCCAUUAUACCAAGCUUAAUAAACGAAUUCACAAAACUUUACAAUAAUGAAAAAAGAAAGUUUUUUGAGAAUUUAAAUCACGAAUAUCCAUCAUCGGGAAAGCCAGAACAAGAUAGAAAAAGACAGAUAUUGAUUAAAAUAUUUCACGAGAAUGAAAUAUGGAUAAUAGAGAAAAAUUCAGUUUUGAAAAAUAUCUUCGUUCGUUAA